UCCUCUGAUAGGAGCCAUGGCAGCCAUGAAACGGAGCUUUCUAUUGGCUGGAUUUUAUGCCCCGCCAUUGGAACCUGGAAACAGCGCCAUAAUCAAUUACAUUUGAUUUAUCGCAAGGAACGUUUGUGUUAUGCGUUUAGCUAGCAAUGCGGGAAGUGAUUAAUUCAAUGCGACGCUAGGUUGCUGCCAGGUGAAGUAAAAAAAUAUUAACGAAACAAAGACCGAGAAAGUGUGGACUUACCGCGGAUGUGACUGCUUUGAUGUUGUUGCCGAGGAAGUUUUAGUUGAGGACAGCGGCUUGAAGACAGUUCUCCGAACAUUUCAGCCGGCCAUCACGACUCGGUGGCACGCGAACCCAUAAGAUAGCUAGUUAGUUAACUGGCUACGUUUGGUGAAGAAUAUUACUGUAUGUGCUAUGGUCACAAAUUGGACUGACACAGAAGAGUGCUCAGGUGAAUUUGAAAGGCUUGCCAUAUCACGUCUUGGACAAUGUUUACAAACCAGAUAAUCUGAAGAUGGCAACAAGGUCACCAGAGAAUGCGCUUGCUGCCCUCACCUUCCCCAAAUCCAAAGUGGCCCUAUGGGACCCCACACCUAAUGGGGAUGUGGUUAGCCUCCACCUCUCCUAUUACAGAAAUCCCCGGCUGCUUCUUGUGGAGAAAACUCUUCGCUUGGCCCACCGCCAUGCUCGACAGAGUAACAAGCCUGAGUUCAGCUGUUACUUGCUGGGGACUAUUGCUGUGGAUUCUGAUGAAGAGGGUGUGACUUUGACACUGGACCGGUUCGAUCCGGGCCGGGGUCAGCCUGGCUCCUCUGGAAAGGUGCCCACUGCCCUGAUGCCCGGGGACGUCCUGGUGCCCUGUGUGCUGGAAGCCCAGGGGGUCUCUGCCACAGACACCAUGGUUCACUCGGCAGAAGGCUUCCACAUAUCUUUUAAGAUGCUCCAGCACUGCUGCAGCAGCCGGGAGUCCCUGGACCUGUCUAAGCUGCUGGCCCUGCGAGCCCACCUCAGCUGUUUCCAGCAAGGUGACAGCCUGGGCUUCUGCCUGCGCUGGGCCGCCACCGCCCCCGGAAACACGCUGGAAGCUGUGCCCGUCCGGCCCGUGCCCAUCAUCCCCACCGCCUUGGCCAGGAACCUGAGCAGCCCGGCCAGCCUCACCCAGCCGCUACAGAGCAGCGCCAGCCGCAAACAAGGCUUUCUGACCAUGGAUCAAACCCGGAAACUGCUGCUACUACUGGAGUCUGACCCGAAGGCCUACACUCUUCCACUGGUCGGAGUAUGGUUGAGUGGGGUCACCCACAUCUACAACCCCCAGGUGUGGGCGUGGUGUCUGAGGUACCUGUUCAGCUCCUCCCUCCAUGACAAGGUGAUGUCUGAGGGCGGUGCGUUCCUUGUGGUGCUGUACUCGCUGACCCACAGGGAGCCAGAGUUCUACCAGGUCCAGCCUUGCAGUGGGCAGCAGGACAUGACCUUUCAACUGCUCACCAGCACCGAGUCACUCACUCUCUACAAGAAUGUAGAGGUGUCCGAGGGCCGUACUCUGAAGUUUGAGCUCAGUGCCGAGACCCAGAACCGUGAGGCUGAGUUCUUCAGGGAACUGGUGUCCCGUGUCUCCUUAACAAGCCCUGCGUCAGUGGCAGCCUCUCCGCAGGACAGGCUGUCAAUCAGCGACCAUGACUCUGGAGUGGAGGAUGAGGACCUCUCCCCCAGGCCCUCCCCAAACCCACACCCUCUCACCCAGCAGACCAAGCAGGUCCACCCCUCUGUGCCGGAGCUCUCUCUAGUGAUGGACGGCAGCUUCCUGGAUGGAAAGACUAUGGGUCGCCCUCAUCCUCACCUCCCAGCUCUGCAGCAGAGAGGAAGCGCCCCUCCCUCCCACCAGCUCCACCCCUGGGCUGCCAGACCCCCAGGCCAGGGUCCCACCAUCCUCGGGGGCCCCCUUCCCAUCAGAAGGCCCCUGACCCCUGCCAUGGCCCCCCAGGGCAAAGGCAGCAGAAGAGCUUCUCUCACCCCCGGGCAGCAGCCACCACUGUUCCGGCCCCCCUCCUCCAGCAGGAAAUCAGCCCCUCCGCAGUUCAGGAAGACGUCGUCUGCCUCUACUUCAUCCUCCUCCUCUCCAAAGACUGUCUCCUCUCCUAAUGGAUCAGUCCAUCAGGCCAGGCAGUUCCACCCAGCUCCAGGACGCCCCUCUCAGAGAGGGGCCUCCCCCGUCGGAAACUCUCCACAACCCAUCCCCAGGCACAGCCCCGGUCCCCCCCCAACCCCCAUGCCCACUCACCAACAGCCCCCAGUCCAUCCCAAGCACUUCCACAGCACCCCCAACCUUAACUUGAACCAGCCUUGCGGGUGCUGCUCUUUCCAUCCACACAACCAUACCCCAUUGUACCACCCCAAUCACUGGCAGGAGGCCUCAGGGACCCCGGGUGGGCACUUCUGCUCAAACUCUGAUAGUAACCCCCCCACCUCUCACCAAACAAACCUUCACUUCAGCCCAGCGUGCCUCACUGGGGGCCCCCCCACCACACACCACUUCCCCUCUCAGGGGCCCUGCUCUCCCAGGGGCCGCUUGGAGCUGCUAGCCCCCGCCUGUCAGAACCAGUGUUGCCAGGCCCAGGCAACCCCCUCUCUCUCUCCCCUGGACGGGCCUAUGAACCUCCUAGCCUCUGACGCCUACAGAAUCCUGGUGGACCAAGACCGGCAGCUCAAGUUACUGCAGGCCCAGAUCCAGAAGCUACUUGAGGCCCAAGGGAAAAGUGGGAGCUCAUCUCCAUCCACUGAGCAGGCAGUCAUCCAGACACAGACCUCCCCUGGACAACAGACCAAGAGAAGUGUUAGCAUCGCUGUAGGCACAGGUGCCAGUCUGUUCUGGGGCGUCCCAGUCGAUGCUCACAUUGACGAGGACCGCCCACAGCCAGAGUGGCACAGAGGGCCUGGUGCUCCUGAUGGCAGCAGGGCCUCCUCUAGUUGGAGCUCUGGCAGUGCCAACCUUACCCACAGCAGGCACAUAGGUGGCUCGGAAGAAGAGAGCGGAGUCAGGGAGGGACGGGUGCCAGGCUCACCAGCCAACCAGUCAAUGCACCAAAGGACUCAGUCAGCAUUUGGAGACUGUUCUUUCCAGAGUCCAGUGUUGGGGGAGAGUGCCAGCAUGUACUACCAGUCCCAGUCUCCACAGAGGGGCGGCACCAAGAGUGAGGAGCCCAGGGCGGUGGAGGACGACCAGCGGUUUUAUCAGGAUCUACUGGGCCAAGUGAACAGCCGCCUCCAGGGAUCAGUGAACGAGGAGGUCGAAGGGGAAGAAGACCAAAGGACCUCGUACCCACGGCGGGAGAGCCACAGCUUGUCCCCCAGACAAGUGUCCCACUGUCAGUCCCAGCAGUCGUCCCCUAGCCCUGUUCACGUCAGCUCCCGUCAGCCGGAGCCCAAAGGAGAGGAGCAGCCAAAAGGAAGGGACCAGGUGCUCCACGCCACGCUGCGCCAGCUGCAGCAGCUAGGGGUCAACGUGGACCUGGACUCUGCUGACCCUGAGGGCAAGACCAGGCGCACUUCUGUAGAGAGUGCCAGUACCCUGGCCGGCAUCAACCCAGAGGCGGUCAUCAGCAGACUGACCCUCCCAGAGUCGACGGGGACCAGCAUGUGGGGCGGCAGCGUGGAUCUCAGCCUGGAGGCCAACGCCAUCGCCCUCCGAUACCUGAGCGACCAGCAGCUCUCCAGGCUCUCUGUAGGGGGAGGGCAACAGCCCCCCAAGGCCCUUCCCAGGCUCAGCCCCUGCACACUGCUCUCAGAGAAGCCCCCAACAGAGAAGAGCGCCAUGGGACUGAGCAGUAUUCUGUCUCCGAACAACAUGUCCUUUGCCACCCGCAAGUACAUGAAGAGGUACGGGCUGAUAGAGGAGGGGAGUGGGAGUGAGGAGGAGCUAUUGGAGAUGGGAUACACUGUACAGUUCCAUGUUCAACAGGAACAAGAAGGGCAAAGAGUGAGGGUUCUGAAAAACAUCACCAACGAGUUGCCCCAAUCCGACCCUGUCAACCCCCAGGCGCUGCAUGCAGACUCUCAAAGCCAGCUACUCAGAGACUUGCGUCCUAAAAUGCAGCUUUUGGCCCGCGGCGCCAAACACAGUUUGGAGAAGGAGAAUGGCGCCAAACGACGGCCAUCUGUAGGAGAAAUGCAGAGGGAGUGUCCUCAACCAGAAGGGUCGAUGGGAAAUUUCUUGGACCUAAGUAGACUUCGACAGCUGCCGAAACUCUUCUAAAGGACCACGGCAACUAAUGCAAAGGGAACUCAAAAUGACAAAUGAAAUGUAUUGUCGAAAUCCAUUGGGAUUUGUCAGUUUGCUGGUUUCCUUAGUAAGAGGUUUUUAAAUACUUCCAUACAUUUUUGUUUACACAUUUCGUUUUUUUAAUGCCUCUUUAUUUUAAUCUUCCUGGUGCUCAUUGUAAUGUAUACAUUUGUUUGUGACCACUGACGUACAGAGACUGUUAGCAAAUCACGACAGUGCUCUUUGUCUUAUGAGCAAAAUUCUUGUCUUCUACUACCACUUGGGUGUAGUGUCAUGAUUUAGCUCUUCAAUGGUGGCAGCCAGGUCAUUUUAUCUAUUUUAAUUUCAAGUGCUUUUGAUUUUCAACAUGCCAUGGAUGCCAAUUGUCUGAACCAUUGUAAAAGCUAUUUAAUUUACGUUUUGGCUGUUUAUUGAUAACCACUAUACCCAAUCUCCUGGUAAUUGAUGUGUACCUAUUUAUAGUCAAUGUUGGGAUUUUUUAAAAGUCUGAUUACAUGGUGAGAAAGGCUACAUUCAUGCCAAAAAUGUUUACUUUUCUGUUUUUUUAUGUUGUAAAUAUCUGUUUCCUUCAUGCUAUAUUGUUUUUAUUGUGUGUUUGUACAUGAAAUGCCUGAAGCAUUAUUUCAAGUGUCUCAACUUGAACUUUCUAUUUAAAAUUGCCUCAAUAAAUAUGUACAUGAUUCAUAUAA